AGAAAAAUGAGCAUCGAAGGAAAAUGGGUUUUGGACAAAAGCGAAAACUUCGAUGAGUACAUGAAGGAAGUUGGUGUCGGCCUCAUUACUAGAACUGCUGCAGCUCAUCUUAAAGUAAAUCUCGACUACAAAAAGGAGGGAAACAAAUACAUCCUCAACCAAAUGUCAACUUUCAAAAAUUCCACUCUAGAGUUUGUUUUGGGAGAGGAAUUCGAAGAGACCACCCCUGAUGGCCGAAAGUUCAAGACCAAAGUCGACCUAGUUGAUGGAAAACUAGUUCAGAAGCAAACUCCAAUCAAGUCUGGUGACAAGCCAUCGACGAUUACACGCUGGGUCGAGGGCGAUCGUCUCUACACAACGCUCGAAUCCGGCAACGUUGUAUGUCAUCGAGAAUACACUCGUCAGUAAAUAAACCCGAACCACUACCUCAAACUACCUUAAGCAUUCCCCUCAGAACACUUUUAAAUGGAUCUUUCUCUAAUAAAUGCA